GGCAUCUUCUAAGUUCCCAAGUUUGAUGGGAAGACUCACAAGUGUCUACUGUAUCUGUGACAGACUGUGGCGUCUGAAGUAAAGCGACGGACCACGGAGACAGGCAAAGCCUCUAGGGGGCCAUGUCUGGCGGCAGCAGUGCAAACAACAGCUGGACCAUCCUCAGUCCUGAGGAGACUGUCGCUGAAACCCUGAGGCCUGUGGCAGAGGAAAUAGAGCACCAUGAAGAAAGCCAUACAUCUGCAGCAGGCUCUGGAGCAAACCAGCCUGCAGAGGGUGCAGCACCUGCAGAGGGGUCAUCUGUGGAGGAACACCUGAUAUCAGAAGAAAAAACAGCAGAGCUAAUUGGAGACACAGAGCAACACUCCUCUGUGCCCACUGUCACUGAUGCUGCUGUUCCCACUUCUUUGGAAGUCUCUGGCAGCUUUGUUCCUGGCAGUAAUGCACUCAAUCGGUCAGGGGGCCCACCUGAGGGCCCAGCACAGUCCAGCCCUGACCCCGAUUCAUUCUCUGACUCCUACACCCGCAUAACUCCCUCCCCUGAUGAGCCCCUAGCCUCACUGCUGAGCACAGAGACUCUGGGAGGGUUGGCGUUUACACAAGAAGAAGAGAGGCUCACACAGGAGGAAACUCUGCAUCCACUAAAUGGGGAAGAGCUACAACAGGAAGGGGAGGAGUCAGAUCUGUCUCCAAGGAUGCCUGAUUUAUGGAAACAGGCAGACUCCCCUAUGGAUUCAGAUGUGGGUGAGGAGAGGACUGAGAAGAUAGAUGAGGAGGAAGAGCCAGAGGUGAAGAGGAGGAGGUCUCUCUUAGCAGCUCUGGAACGGGUUGGGAGGACGGAGGAGGAAGAGGAAGGAGAGGAAGAGUUUCAGCUGCCACAGCGAGCGGAAGACAGCGGGUUCUCUGUGAACAAGUGCAUCCUCGGUGCUGUCAUUCUGUUAGGCCUCGGCACCAUCUUUUUCUCAGGUGUCUUCAUGGACCUGGAUGAGGAAAGUGACUAUGGGACAAGGGAGCUAAAAGAUUCAGAGGUACCAGGAAAAGAGGGGUGGCUUAAUCCUGAGGUUCCUCCACCCCCAGUAGAUGCUGACAGUACAGAGCUUCUAAAUAAGUUAGCCAAAGAGACUGAGCAGAUUUCUGUGCUACAAGCCCAACUUCAGGCACAGAAAGACGAGCUAAAAGUAGCCAAGGGACAGGCAGCAGAGGGAGCAAAGGAGCGGUUGCGGUGGGAGGAGGUGGAGAAGGAAAACAGUAGGUUGAAGACAGAGAUGGCAUCUCUCCCUGUUCUUCAGAAAGAGAAUGAGAAGAUGAAGAGAGAGCUGGAGUCUGUCCCGGCCCUACAGAAAGAACUAGAAACACUGAGAUCAACUGUGACUGAUUUAAAACUCUCCUCAGCAGCCACUGAAGCAGCUCAAAGACCUGUGAAGCCCACUACAUCGCCUACCAGUGGCCAGCCAGAGGACAACAAGCAAGACACAGCUGGAACUGCAGAGAGACAGGCCAGGAAACCAUGGAAUUACCGGAAGGAGAAGAAGACAGAUUGGAAGAAGGAUAAAUAUGACAUUGGUGAAAAGAAGGAGUGGAAAGAGAGAGAAAAAUCUGAGAGGAAGGAAGGAGAGAAAAAGGAGCGCAAAGAUGGGGGUAAAACAGAAUGGAAAAAGGGAAAACAUGAGCAAGGAAAGUCUGACAAGGAGAAAGAUAAGGACGGUAAGCCAAAGAGGCACAGUUCUGAAACAAAGCAAUGGAAGGGAAAUGAGUGGAAGACAGAAAAGGUGAGCAGAGGUGAGGAAGGAAAGCCGUGGAAGGCUAGGGAAGGGGAGAAGGAGUGGAUAGAAAAGAGAGAGAGAAAAGAAUGGAAGGAAGAGAGAGACUGGCAAAAAGCAAAGCAUGAGAAAGUGAACGAGGGUGAACAAUGGAGGGGUAAGGAGGAGAAGGAGUGGAAGGGAGGAAAGGACCAUGGCGAGAAGCACACGGGCAAGGAAAGAUGGAAGGAAGAGAAGGAGUGGAAGAAGGUGAAAGAUGGCAACAAGGAAAGUGGCAAAUUGAAAUGGGAGGAGAAAAAUUGGAAAGAGAGAGGAGAGAAGAAACAAUGGAAGAAGGAUGAUGAAUGGAGGGGUAAAAAUGGCAAAGACGAGGGUAAAGAAGGGAAAGGAAAGGGUGAAAGGAAACAGUGGGGCAAGAGCGAAAAUCACGCCAAGAAUCAUGGUAAAGAAAGGAAAGGGAAGGAUGAGAGAAAACAGUGGAACGAGAACGAGUGGAAGAGUAAAAAUGGUAAAGAUGAUAAGGAAUGGAAGAGGAAGGAUGAGAGGAAACAGUGGGAAAAGAAAGAGGAAGAGUGGAAGAGAGAACAGAAAGAGAAAAGGCACAACGGAGAUGGGAAAAAGGAAAGAUCAAGCGCUCAAAAAAACAAAGAUGAUCACAAAUUUUCUGGCAAUCGCCAUCAUGACCACCAUGAAGAGCAUGUGUGGGGAGACAGGAAGGCCACUCACACACACAACCGACCUUCCCUCGAACAGCAUGAGUACUGGGUCCAGCAAAGAGGCCGGCUCCAGCACAACCCCAAACCACCACAGCACUGUAACUCAUUGGAGACCUGCGCUCAGGCUGAGGGGCUGCUUCCUGUCCCCUUCACUGAGUUUGAGACCAUACUUCAAACUUACCUAGCCAAGGCAGAGCAGGCAGGAGUGGACGCUUCCAAAAGAGAGGAGCUCAAAAAGCUAGCUGCUGAGUUCUUCAAGAAUGGAGUCUUUGUUCAUGACCAGAUGAGCUUUCAAGAUUUUGUGGAGGAUGUGGGAGAUAUUCUGGAAGACAUGGUGGAAGGGGAUGAGAACGGGGAAGAGGAGGAUAGUGCCACAGAGGAAGAAAUGGAGGAGUUUGAAAGAGAAGUCAUGAAAAAGUUUUCAGUGCCAGGAGCUGGAGGGAAAGAGGAGAGAAUCAAAGAGGAGUGGAGGAAGGAGAGCGGACGAGGACGUGGCUGAAGUGAAAAAAUUGACAGAUCUGUCAAAAGCAGCUGGGAGGAGUCAUGACAGAUGAAGGGUUAUUCAAAGGGAAUACUUAUCAUUGGGCCACAAAUGCUUACAAGUAUACAUUUAUCACCCUGUCAUCGUUUUUACAGGAUCUUAUUUUACCACUUCGGUCUGUUGUCCCGGUGAUUCAACUUAUAAUUUAAUUUCACUGUUUUUGGAAAUUUUUCUAUUUCACUUGCACACAUGCACACACCUUAGUACACAGUGGGAGAGAAAGGGCUUGCAUCUAGAUCAGAUCAUAAGGUUUUUUGAGAGAAGGCACUAAUAAAGCAUAAUGCAUACGGUACCUGGUCUUUGUGUCCAUUAGAAAACUCCCACAUCUAGCUUUUUAUAUCUGAAUGAGCAGCUGCAGCUGAUGUUGAACAUCCACGGGUGUGAAAGUCAGUUCUGUAGACGUUACUUUCUCCCUUCGCGUAGGGGAGAUUAAACCUGUUGGAUUGAGUUCGAUGUUACUCUGCUUUGACACUCAUCUGUAGAAUAGUGACUGUACAGUCUUAGUCAAACCUUCAAAGCGUUAACAGUUUUUUAUAAACAGUGGAAUGAACGUGAAGUGCUGAAAUGGUUUAGUGAAUAUUUUAUGUGAAAUUAGAGAAAUCUGUGUUGAUUUUGUUUUAAAUGUUUGUAAAUAUUCCAUUAAACAAGUUUAAGAACUAUGCUGUAAUGUAGAAAUAUAUAGUUAACUUAUUUUAUAGAAGUUGUCAUAAUGCAGGUAAAAACAAUUGGCAGGCACAUAAAAUAUUGACAUGUUGAGCAUGUAUUUUCGUUUUUGUUUUUUUGUUUUUUCAGGUACAGAACUCGUGCACUAAAAUGUCCUUAAUGUCCUUACUGUUUUAUCAUGAAUGUAACAUUUGUUUUUAUUGAUUUAGGUGGGUCAUGGCACUUCAUGUUAUGGGAAAUAGUUUUUAAAAAUAGCAGUAAUAGUUUUUUUUUUUGUUAUGUUUAAAUGCUAACUUAUGAAAUGUUGACGAUUCAAGGGUCUGCAGCCACACAGUUUUUCAGAGGGUAACAAGGCAGAACUGUGAACAGAACUUUGUAUGUUAAGAAUGUUCGUAUUUGCCCAUAUUAUUGUCAUAAGAGCAGAAUAAUAAAUUUGGUGCACC